UCGCUUUAUGUGUUUUUGCCAGGAAAGCAGGAAUUCCAGCGGAGUCCUUGGAGUUUUAGUAACAGGGCGGAAGUGUUACCCGUAAGGAGUGUGUGAGAGUGUGUUUGGGGGACUUCAGCGGGGACGCAGGUGACAUGAUGUGGGCUCGGUUGAUGGUUGGGGUCGGGGGGUCGGGGCUCGGGCUGCGGGCUUCCAGGGACACCUGGCUGCGGGUCGCUGGAGCUGGAUGUGCGGGGCAGCAGCAGCUGCAGCAGCAGAGGCUCGCUUCAAGCGCAGAGGCUUCCUUGAAGAAGACUGCGCUGUUUGACUUCCACAGGGGACAGGGUGGAAAGAUGGUGGAGUUUGCAGGCUGGAGUAUGCCUGUCCAGUACAAAGACAGUCACAUCACCUCACACAUGCACACCAGAGGGCACUGCUCCAUCUUUGAUGUCAGCCACAUGCUGCAGACCAAAGUCCAUGGAAGAGACAGGGUGAAGUUCAUGGAGUCUCUUGUGGUUGCAGAUAUUGCAGAACUCAAAGACAACCAGGGUACAUUGACCCUCUUCACCAAUGAGAAAGGAGGAAUUAUUGAUGACCUCAUAGUGACAAAGACAGACCAGGGCUACCUCUAUGUCGUCUCCAACGCUGGCUGCGCCGAUAAAGACUCGGCUCAUAUGAAGGCCAGACUGGCAGAGUUCAAAGCUUCAGGUUCUGAUGUGGACCUUGAGUUCCUUGACGAAGCGUUGAUUGCUGUGCAAGGUCCGUCCAUGUCUCGGGUGCUCCAGGAGGGGCUGAAGGACGACCUCAGCAAGUUGACCUUCAUGACCUCCACGCUGGCCACUGUAUUCGGUAUUCCUGGCUGCAGGGUCACCCGCUGUGGAUACACUGGAGAGGAUGGGGUGGAGAUCUCUGUACCUCAGUCACGAGUGGUGGAGCUGACCGAGAAGCUGCUGGCUAACAGUGAGGUGAAGUUGGCUGGUCUGGGUGCCAGAGACAGUCUGCGGCUGGAGGCGGGGCUUUGUCUCUAUGGCAACGACAUAGAUGAGACCACCACGCCUGUGGAGGCCACCCUAGUCUGGACCAUAGGAAAGCGUCGGCGGCAGACCAAGGAUUUCCCAGGAGCUGAUAUUAUUGUACCUCAGAUCAAAACCAAGACAGCCAGGAAGAGAGUUGGUCUGGUGUCCACUGGCCCCCCCGUCAGACAACACACACCCAUACUCGAUCCUGAUGGAAAGGUCAUAGGUGAGGUGACCAGUGGCUGCCCCUCUCCCUGUCUGAAAAAGAAUGUUGCCAUGGGUUACGUGGAUGCGGCAUUUGCUAAGAAUGGAACAGCCAUCCAGGUGGAGGUCAGGAAAAAAGCAGUGCCUGCCACCGUCAGCAAGAUGCCCUUCGUCCCCACCAACUACUAUUCUGGAUAGGAGGGGCACACACUGUCAUGCACACACAUACAGAGUGCACACACUGAGACUGGACCAUUUCACUACUCUGUCCCUUAGUUAUAUGUGCUGCCGCCAUUUGUUUACCUUCAGCAAUGCAGCACCUGUAUAAGAAUGAAGACCUAAUGAUUAGUGAGUCCUCUGAGAGAAAAUGAGCAAAAAUGAUAAGCAUUUAUACAGUACAAUAGGUGUUCUGGUUUAAUGUCAUCAGUUCAUUAUUAAGCAGUGCAUUUCCUGUGUGUGUUUAAGCACCACAGUGUCCAGUAUUGUGGUUUCACCUGUGGAUGGGUGUGCAUGACAUAAAUUACAAACAGUAUUGUUUAGUCCAGUAAUGUGUAUUUAAUGAGAUGGGGCUAGAUGCUGUUAACACGGUUCAUAGACCAAGUUUUUUCUUUUUCUAUUUUGCAAGUGGACAGCAGAUUGAACUGAAUGAACUUACUGCACGUUCAGUAAGAACAAAAACAGUGAGGGCUGUGUGGAUCCAUGAGGCAAAAGUAUUUAAUUAACUUUUUCUUGUAGAAUAAUUGUUUUGUUAAUGAAACAUGACGACAUUUCCUUUACACUGGACCAAAACAAAGAGAUUCCAAAUGGUUCUUUUGACAUUAAAGCACUACAUGUCUUCAGUUUUUUUUUAAGGUCUUUCAAAUAACAGAGCCAAAUUUCCAUUCAUAUUGUGGUUACUCUUAAACUGCUUUAUGAAGGGAGGUCAAAAGGGACCAGCUCAUAAUGCCUCCAACACAAAAGUGCUAGCUGAAAUAUGCCAUUUAACACAAAUUUGCCAGUUUGUAGAUUUUUUUUCUUAAUCAACAGAUUUUUCAACAGAAAUUCUUCUCUGGGGGGAUUUCGAGGGAGUUCUGGUUCUUUCUGUUGAUAUGGUCAGUAACCUGAUCUCCACAUCAGAUCAUGAUGAAGAUAUUUACACUACAUGAGGUGCGAUGAUGACCUAACUUGAAAGAUGUUAAAUAUCAUUAUGUUUGUUCGGUCUGGCGACUGAUUAAAUGAAAUUUCCAUGUUAAACUAGGACGUUGUCCUUAGUUUUUGUAGAGUUUUGAAUGUCUUAUUUUACAAAAACAAUAACACAAGUAACAUAGAACUAAAACUACUGAUUAACAGGUUGUCAUUUCUUGUCACCUUUGUGCAUUACUGUGGAUUUUAAUUUUUAACUGAAUUGCCAUGUAAACAUUUUAAAUAGAAUUGUUUAUUUGGUUAUAAAAUAUCUUCUCUUUGUUAAAGACAACUUCUUUUUCAUUUC